AUGCCUCCUCGAAUCCCCACAGAAGAAGACUUCUCCUCCAUCUCAUCCACCCUCCCCCACACUCUUCACUUCCCCUCACCCCCCGAGUCUACCACCACAUUCCUCGUUCUCUUCCACGGCCUGGGCGACCAAGACGCCCCCUUCGCCUCCUUCGCCAAGAACCUCAACCUGCCCGGCGUCAUGGCCAUCUCCGUGCGUGGCACGUCUGUGCUCCCCGCUGCGAUUAUGGGUGAUGAUACGCCUGGCUACUACUGGGGCGAUGACCUCACUAUUGAUCCCAACACGGGGGACAUCGCUACUGAUUCGGGCUUUGAGAAGGCUCGCGCGGCUGUGAUGGACAAGUUGAUCCGUGGUGUGCUUGUUGAGAAGUGUGGAUGGGAGACGAGCGAUGUUAUCUUCUUUGGCUUCGGACAGGGUGGUUCGCUUGCUCUUGGUCUGGCAUCGUCUCUUGACAAAGAAUCUCGCGUCACGGAUGUCACAGACGGUGACAAGCCGGAAGCCAAUCGCUUCAAGGGCGCAGUCUCUCUCGGUGGUCCGCUGCCGCAAUCUAUGGUAUCUACCGUGACAAACCGCAGCAAGAGCCGCACAAGCGUGCUGAUCUGCCAACUAUACGACGACGACGUCGAUGCCGUGAAGAGUGAGUUUGAGGACGUAAAGGUCGUUCAGUGGCAGAGGCGCGAGGUGGGCAUGCCGAUCAGCAGAGACGAGGUUUUGCCCUUGAUGCAGUUCUUUGCGGAUAAGCUUAAAAGUGAGCUGUAG